AUUUUUCCCAGAUGGCGUUGCUGUAGCUGGAAUGUUUGCUGCUGACUGGUUUGUUCCACAGUUGCAGUUCUGUCUGUAGAGUCGGUGUGGACGGUGCAAGGACCUGAUGAAGUAUCGCAGGUAGCAGUGGCGUUUGUGUCUGUUUUAGUUGUAGGUUUUUAGUUCUUGUGUGUUGUGCUGUGUGUCUUAUGUGACGCUAUGUGUAAAUUUCGGAUUUUAUCACUCUGGAUAUGUGUUAUCAUUAAGGAUAUUCUGUUGUGUUUGUGUGAGAGUCGCUUUGGAUAUCAAGACAACAAAGUGGUACUACUAGACACAACAUUAGAAAGUUCCUUAGAAUGGACGAGGUAUCCAUAUGGACCUCAAGCCAGGACACCAGGAUGGGUGGAGGAGAGUUUUACGAACUUUGAACAAGGGAUCAAUUGGCGAUCCUACGUAGUGUGUGAUGUAGCAUAUAACAGUGUUAAUAACUGGUUAUGGACACCUUUCAUUGAGAGGAGAGAUGCCAAUAGAAUGUACAUUGAAGUGAAAUUUAGUAUGAGAGAUUGCAAUCUGUUCCCCGGGAUGGCUCUCUCUUGCAAAGAGACAUUUUCCUUACUUUAUUAUGAAUUCGACGCUGCAACCAAAGAACCGCCACCUUGGGAACCUGAUUCCUAUAAGCUCAUAGACCGUAUCGCGGCUGAUGAAGGCCGUUUUACAUCCACAAGUGAGGUGAUCAUCAACACUGAAGUCAGAAGUGUGCCCAUCACCAAAAAAGGUGUUUACUUUGCGUUUCGAGAUCAGGGGGCAUGUUUGUCGCUGAUUGCCAUCAAGGUAUAUUACAUAACAUGCCCUUCAGUCACUCUAAACUUUGCUUACUUUCCUGAAACACCAACUGGUCAUGAGCUUCCAGCUAUUGUGUCCGCUGAAGGACAGUGUGUGGCCAAUACUGAAUCAGUGGAUACUCCUCGUCUUCUGUGCAAAGGUGAUGGAAACUGGACACUUCCCAGUGGAGGAUGCAAAUGUGUUGCUGGAUACGAACCUGUUGACCAGUCUUGCCAGCUGUGUUCACCUGGAACUUACAAAGAGAAGGUUGGAGAUGAUCUCUGUAUGCCAUGUCCCAUGCAUAGUGCUGCUUCCUAUAGUGGAUCUGUUGAAUGCCAGUGUGAUAAAGAUUAUUUCAGGUCACCUAAAGACCCUAAAUCUUGGCCUUGCACAGAACCACCUUCCCAACCUCAAAAUUUAUCAGAGACAUUUGUUGAUCAGUCUUCUGUGCUUCUUUCCUGGUUACCUCCGAAAUUUUUGGGUGGUCGCAAUGACACUUUCUAUAAAGUUGUGUGUGACAAGUGUGGUGCUGGUGUGUCCUACGUUCCUGCUCAACAAGGAUUUUCUGACACAAAAGUUACAGUUACAGGGCUGAGUCCAGUUACUACCUAUACUUUUAUGGUAUAUGCUGAAAAUGGAGUUUCUAGCUUCACAAACAGUCAGUUUUCUGAAAUCACCAUCACUACUGAAGCCUCAGUUCCUUCAAUUGCAUCUAAUGUUAGAAUAAAAUCAGUGAAAAGCUCUGAAAUCGGCCUGGAAUGGGAUCCUCCGGAUGAUCCAUUCUCUGUUACUGAAAACUAUGAAGUGAGGUAUUUUGUGAAAGGUCAUGAAAAGAACGGUUCUAUUUCUACAACCAUGAAAGAGGAUAUUAUCAUCUCCAAUCUCAGAGAAGGAACCCUUUAUGGUUUCCAGGUACGAGCAAAAACUACUCAUGGUUGGGGUGAUUACACUAAACCAAUAUUUAAAAUGACUGGAGCAAAACUUGCAACUAGAGAACUUGUAACUGACGAUCAAGUUCAAGUGCCAAUCAUAGCAGGAGUUGCUAUAGCAGUACUUCUUCUCAUAAUUAUAGUUAUUGUUUGCAUCGUCUUUUACAUUCGAAGAAGCUCUGAUGAGUGUAAUAAAAAGCAACCAAGUGAUUGUGAUACCUUAGAAUAUCGAAAUGGGGAAGGUAAGAAAUUAGUGCCAGCUCUUGUUCACCCACCUAUUGUUCCCACUGCAUGGUUGACCACUCCCUUGUUUACUCAGUGCGGAGCUGCAAGAGCAUAUAUUGAUCCUCAUACUUACGAAGAUCCAAAUCAAGCAGUUCGAGAGUUUACUAAAGAAAUUGAUGCAUCACAUAUCACCAUUGAAUCUAUUAUUGGGGGAGGUGAGUUUGGAGAUGUUUGUAAAGGUAGGUUGAAACUUCAAGGUCAAACAGAAGUAAGUGUGGCCAUAAAAACCCUGAAACCAAGCUCAUCAGACAAGGCUCGCAUGGACUUCUUAACUGAAGCCAGUAUUAUGGGACAGUUUGAUCACCCCAAUGUUAUAUAUUUGCAAGGUGUUGUUACCAAAAGUAAUCCUGUGAUGAUUAUAACUGAAUUCAUGGAAAAUGGAUCAUUGGACACAUUUUUAAGGGCUAAUGAUGGCAAAUUUCAAGUUAUCCAGUUGGUUGGUAUGCUUAGAGGUAUUGCAGCUGGAAUGCAAUAUUUAGCAGAAAUGAAUUAUGUGCACAGGGAUCUUGCCGCUCGAAAUGUUUUAGUCAAUGGCAACUUAAUUUGCAAGAUAGCAGAUUUUGGGCUAUCCCGAGAAAUAGAAAGCGCUACAGAAGGAGCAUAUACCACAAGAGGUGGUAAGAUUCCGGUGCGAUGGACAGCCCCUGAGGCUAUAGCUUAUCGAAAAUUUACUUCGGCCAGUGAUGUUUGGAGUUAUGGUAUUGUAUUCUGGGAAGUGAUGUCAUAUGGUGAGAGGCCUUAUUGGAACUGGUCAAAUCAAGACGUGAUAAAAAGUAUUGAAAAGGGUUACAGACUUCCAGCGCCGAUGGAUUGUCCUGAAGCUUUACAUCAGCUAAUGCUAGAUUGCUGGCAAAAGGAGCGGGCUCACAGGCCUACAUUUGCUGUUAUUGUGAAAACAUUAGAUAAGUUAAUGAGGUGUCCAGAAAGCUUGAAGAAAAUUGCUCAGAACAGGCAUCAAAAUCCACUGGACCCCAAUGCUCCUGACAUGACACAGUUCAAAACCGUUGACGAGUGGCUCAGUGGAAUCAAGAUGAACCGCUAUCAGGAGAAUUUUCAGCAGGCAGGUAUCACGACCAUGGAUGCAGUCACUAGGAUCACACUGAAAGACUUGACAGCUUUGGGUGUGACUCUAGUUGGUCACCAGAAGAAAAUCAUCAACAGUAUCCAGACAAUGAGAGCUCAGCUAAAUGCAAACAUGUCUGAAGGUUUUCUGGUAUAGCAAAGCUCAAAUUAGCUUCACUAGGAUUUCAAAAUAAAUUUGUGUGGUCGCUUACUGAUGACAAUAUUCAGUGCAGUGACCCCAUCUACAACAGGUGCCAUUGCAAAUGAGGCAGUUUUGUCCUCACAUCAGUGUGUCGCCGUUUUGGUGUCAUUGGCUCUUCCUGCCGGCCUACCAUAUGCUCAUCGAUGGCAUCUGUUCCUAUCUGGGAUAACCAGAUUAGUCAACAAUAAGAAGAAAUUUGGUUUUUGUAUAUAUUUGACAUAUCAGAUUAUUGGAUAUAUUUCAUAAUGUGGGCCUAAUUCCACAAUCUGAGAUUAUCCCACCGGCAUGCCAGGACAAAAGUUUGGUUGCGGUUGCAUAUCAUUCCACUUGAAUGCAAAUAAAUGCUGAUGUGUACUUAAAACCUUAUCCGCAACCGUAGCAUCACGAACGAUGCUCGUCGUUAUUUUCAUUUUCAUCUGUGAUCUUCCGUGUGUAAAUAUUGAAGGGCUGUGUGUGUUGUGUAAAGUGUGUAAAUGUGUUUCAUUUCCUCUCUAUUAUUCCCUUACGAUGGAAACCAUGGUGCUUAUUAUUUGUGACAAAAUAGCAAAAUUCGCCCUCUUUUUUUUUGUUAUCCAUCCUCGACGAGUGCGUCAUUGUUAUCGCCUGCCCCUUGCUUCUUGCAUGUUCCGUUACGGGGAUGAUUUUAAUAGUGAUUUCAUUUUGUUAGAACCAUUUUUAUAAUUUAUUUCUGUGAUGCAUGCACUAUAGAAACAAUGUUCUUGUUCCUUUUUUUCUUUUUUGAAAAACUUUUAGAGUUGAAACAGCUUGUGUACAAUGGCAAACUAUCAAUAUAUGCAAAGAUAUAAAUAUAUAUAUGAGUAGAAUUAUUUGUUAAAUGUAAAUUUUUUGAUAGAAAUAGUUCUGUUUUACACAAGGAAUCUCAUCAUGGCAAUACUAAGUGUGGAGAAGUAGAGUAUUUGUAUUGUUGUGUCACAUGAAGCUUUUUUCUGGAAUGACUGACAAUUCAAUCAUUUUUCUUUCAACAAAUGUUUUUUCUUCAAGCACUGAAACUCACAAUCACCCUAAGAUCAAACUUUUUACUCUUGAUUCACUAAUCAGCAUUUUAUAAAAUUAGCAAGUAAAACCAGAACUACACCAAAACUUCUAGGUUAAAAAUAAAAUUGUGACUGAAAGUUAUAACAAUGAUAGGUUUUAAAUAUAAAACACUUUCCAGAUUUGAUACAAAUUUCCAUUCCAAAAAUAUGUACAAUUUUUAGAUAUUAAAUGUAGGCACUUGAUAGAGUUUUUAUUAAUGUUACAAUUUAAUGUGCUGCAAAUUUGCCCAAAAUUGCAUUGAAAGGCUAAUGGCAAUUUAAUGAUAAGCCACUUUUCAAAAUUGUUCAAGAAAGUCUUUAUGUGAAAACAUCAGUUUCCACAUAUGCCUGAAGAUCAUGCUGCUAUCUAGGAAUUUGUUAAACACCUAUCUGGUUAUGAAAUUAAGGAACAAAUUGAUACAAAAAUGUGGCGUAUAACUAUAUUGCCCUUUGCACUUCAAUUAUAGAACAUGGCAAGAUGAAAUAUGUCAGUUUCAGCUUGCUUUAAGCUAAAUUUUUGGUUAAUGAAAACUGCUGUUUUUAUUAUUGAAAUUAAAUAUUUUUUUACAGAUUAAAAAAAAAAGAACGCUUUAUAUUCAAGAUCAAAUUGUUGUAAUGCUCAAGCUAUUUUAAGUUACAAUAAAACAAUUGGUGUUCUACACUGA